AUGGAGCAUGGCUCCUUCCUGUCUGCUGGGAAGAUUCUGCCCCCAACGUGUGACACAUGCAGCAGCCAGCGCUCUGGAGAGAGCCCGACUCCAGCGCCUCAGCAGCCUUCGCAGGCACUGGCACACACUGCUCUGGAGCACAGCCAGCGCUCUGGAGGGAGCCGGUGUCCAGCACCUCCGCAGCCUUCGCAGGCACGGGCACACACUGCUCCGGAGCACAGCCAGCGCUCUGGAGAGAGCCCGACUCCAGCGCCUCAGCAGCCUUCGCAGGCACUGGCACACACUGCUCUGGAGCACAGCCAGCGCUCUGGAGGGAGCCGGUGUCCAGCACCUCCGCAGCCUUCGCAGGCACGGGCACACACUGCUCCGGAGCACAGCCAGCGCUCUGGAGAGAGCCCGACUCCAGCGCCUCAGCAGCCUUCGCAGGCACUGGCACACACUGCUCUGGAGCACAGCCAGCGCUCUGGAGGGAGCCGGUGUCCAGCACCUCCGCAGCCUUCGCAGGCACGGGCACACACUGCUCCGGAGCACAGCCAGCGCUCUGGAGAGAGCCCGACUCCAGCGCCUCAGCAGCCUUCGCAGGCACUGGCACACACUGCUCUGGAGCACAGCCAGCGCUCUGGAGGGAGCCGGUGUCCAGCACCUCCGCAGCCUUCGCAGGCACGGGCACACACUGCUCCGGAGCACAGCCAGCGCUCUGGAGAGAGCCCGACUCCAGCGCCUCAGCAGCCUUCGCAGGCACUGGCACACACUGCUCUGGAGCACAGCCAGCGCUCUGGAGGGAGCCGGUGUCCAGCACCUCCGCAGCCUUCGCAGGCACGGGCACACACUGCUCCGGAGCACAGCCAGCGCUCUGGAGAGAGCCCGACUCCAGCGCCUCAGCAGCCUUCGCAGGCACUGGCACACACUGCUCUGGAGCACAGCCAGCGCUCUGGAGGGAGCCGGUGUCCAGCACCUCCGCAGCCUUCGCAGGCACGGGCACACACUGCUCCGGAGCACAGCCAGCGCUCUGGAGAGAGCCCGACUCCAGCGCCUCAGCAGCCUUCGCAGGCACUGGCACACACUGCUCUGGAGCACAGCCAGCGCUCUGGAGGGAGCCGGUGUCCAGCACCUCCGCAGCCUUCGCAGGCACGGGCACACACUGCUCCGGAGCACAGCCAGCGCUCUGGAGAGAGCCCGACUCCAGCGCCUCAGCAGCCUUCGCAGGCACUGGCACACACUGCUCUGGAGCACAGCCAGCGCUCUGGAGGGAGCCGGUGUCCAGCACCUCCGCAGCCUUCGCAGGCACGGGCACACACUGCUCCGGAGCACAGCCAGCGCUCUGGAGAGAGCCCGACUCCAGCGCCUCAGCAGCCUUCGCAGGCACUGGCACACACUGCUCUGGAGCACAGCCAGCGCUCUGGAGGGAGCCGGUGUCCAGCACCUCCGCAGCCUUCGCAGGCACGGGCACACACUGCUCCGGAGCACAGCCAGCGCUCUGGAGAGAGCCCGACUCCAGCGCCUCAGCAGCCUUCGCAGGCACUGGCACACACUGCUCUGGAGCACAGCCAGCGCUCUGGAGGGAGCCGGUGUCCAGCACCUCCGCAGCCUUCGCAGGCACGGGCACACACUGCUCCGGAGCACAGCCAGCGCUCUGGAGAGAGCCCGACUCCAGCGCCUCAGCAGCCUUCGCAGGCACUGGCACACACUGCUCUGGAGCACAGCCAGCGCUCUGGAGGGAGCCGGUGUCCAGCACCUCCGCAGCCUUCGCAGGCACGGGCACACACUGCUCCGGAGCACAGCCAGCGCUCUGGAGAGAGCCCGACUCCAGCGCCUCAGCAGCCUUCGCAGGCACUGGCACACACUGCUCUGGAGCACAGCCAGCGCUCUGGAGGGAGCCGGUGUCCAGCACCUCCGCAGCCUUCGCAGGCACGGGCACACACUGCUCCGGAGCACAGCCAGCGCUCUGGAGAGAGCCCGACUCCAGCGCCUCAGCAGCCUUCGCAGGCACUGGCACACACUGCUCUGGAGCACAGCCAGCGCUCUGGAGGGAGCCGGUGUCCAGCACCUCCGCAGCCUUCGCAGGCACGGGCACACACUGCUCCGGAGCACAGCCAGCGCUCUGGAGGGAGCCGGUCUCCAGCGCCUCCGCAGCCUUCGCAGGCACGGGCACGCACUGCUCCGGAGCACAGCCAGUGCUCUGGAGGAAGCCGGUCUCCAGCGCCUCCGCAGCCUUCGCAGGCACGGGCACGCACUGCUCCGGAGCACAGCCAGUGCUCUGGAGGAAGCCGGUCUCCAGCGCCUCCGCAGCCUUCGCAGGCACGGGCACGCACUGCUCCGGAGCACAGCCAGUGCUCUGGAGGAAGCCGGUCUCCAGCGCCUCCGCAGCCUUCGCAGGCACGGGCACGCACUGCUCCGGAGCACAGCCAGUGCUCUGGAGGAAGCCGGUCUCCAGCGCCUCCGCAGCCUUCGCAGGCACGGGCACGCACUGCUCCGGAGCACAGCCAGUGCUCUGGAGGAAGCCGGUCUCCAGCGCCUCCGCAGCCUUCGCAGGCACGGGCACGCACUGCUCCGGAGCACAGCCAGUGCUCUGGAGGAAGCCGGUCUCCAGCGCCUCCGCAGCCUUCGCAGGCACGGGCACGCACUGCUCCGGAGCACAGCCAGUGCUCUGGAGGAAGCCGGUCUCCAGCGCCUCCGCAGCCUUCGCAGGCACGGGCACGCACUGCUCCGGAGCACAGCCAGUGCUCUGGAGGAAGCCGGUCUCCAGCGCCUCCGCAGCCUUCGCAGGCACGGGCACGCACUGCUCCGGAGCACAGCCAGUGCUCUGGAGGAAGCCGGUCUCCAGCGCCUCCGCAGCCUUCGCAGGCACGGGCACGCACUGCUCCGGAGCACAGCCAGUGCUCUGGAGGAAGCCGGUCUCCAGCGCCUCCGCAGCCUUCGCAGGCACGGGCACGCACUGCUCCGGAGCACAGCCAGUGCUCUGGAGGAAGCCGGUCUCCAGCGCCUCCGCAGCCUUCGCAGGCACGGGCACGCACUGCUCCGGAGCACAGCCAGUGCUCUGGAGGAAGCCGGUCUCCAGCGCCUCCGCAGCCUUCGCAGGCACGGGCACGCACUGCUCCGGAGCACAGCCAGUGCUCUGGAGGAAGCCGGUCUCCAGCGCCUCCGCAGCCUUCGCAGGCACGGGCACGCACUGCUCCGGAGCACAGCCAGUGCUCUGGAGGAAGCCGGUCUCCAGCGCCUCCGCAGCCUUCGCAGGCACGGGCACGCACUGCUCCGGAGCACAGCCAGUGCUCUGGAGGAAGCCGGUCUCCAGCGCCUCCGCAGCCUUCGCAGGCACGGGCACGCACUGCUCCGGAGCACAGCCAGUGCUCUGGAGGAAGCCGGUCUCCAGCGCCUCCGCAGCCUUCGCAGGCACGGGCACACACUGCUCCAGAGCACAGCAAGAGCGCUGGAGGGAGCCCGUCACCAGCGCCUCAGCAGCCUCCAGCACACAGUGCUCUGGAGCUCAGCUCAGGCGGGGCCUUUCCUCCUAUGCUUGUGCACUGUGUGGAUUGUGGCAUUGCUGAGUCAUAG